AUGAAUGACGCAGAUAUCGACUCGACGACCCGCUCCGGCCUCACGAUUAUGCACUUCGCCGCCGUCAAUAAGGAGCACGGCCUUUCCAUCAUGUACCGCUUACCGCGAACAGAUUUUUCGGCGAAAGACGUCGACGGAGAGGAGCCUAUACACUUUGCUGUCAGAGUGGAAAAUUACGAUUUCGCUGAGUACGCACUCCUUUUUAGACAACCAAUGGCGAAAAACUUGCUCCACUUCUUUGUGAUGCAGAACAAUCUGGAAUUGGCCAAAAAGGUAUACGCCAAGUUUGGCGGUAUUAAUGCCGUGAAUUCAAAACGGAAAACGUUUCUGCACUACGCGGCGCAAUACGCAGGAAGGGAAAUGUGCGAGUGGCUGGUUGAAAAGGGCCUUGACAGGAUUGUGCGUCGGAAAGUUGACCGCUCUGCACCUCGCGGCUUCAAAUUGUGA